CCCUGGGCAGAUGAUCACGUUGCCAACAGGACGAAGAUCUUGGAAAAGAUAGAAGUCGGAUUUGCGACGUCUUCCUGCACCUGAAGUACACCAGCAGGGUGAUGGAACCUCUUUCCAUCAGGAAAAUGGUCAAUGAGAUUCUAGCGAGGAUAGUCGGAGAUGACACGACAACGUGGCUGGAGCGCAUGAUGAUUGGAUGGACUUACAACGCCAGUAUCGCGUCCAGACUCUGCAGACCCGCAGAGGUGUUCUGCGACUUUGACGUGGCGCAAUGGAUGGAUGCCUUUGAUCCGGAGCCGUGCCCAUGCAGAUCGCGCAGAUACGCAGACAUGCGCAGCCCUGCCUCCUUGAAUCUACUCCAUUCCGAAGGGCACACGCACGUGAUCAUGAUCGACUCAUCGAUCACGGACAACCCUCUACUGCAGGGUAUCAUGAACUUAGGACUGAACCAGAUCCCCUACAUGGGCCUGGAUGUCGACGUGGCGGAAAAUGAGGUGGGCGAUUUCCUGGAUCGGCUCAUGGCGAGGGUAUUGGAACUGCGGGAGCUCACGGCGUCCUCACAGUCAUUUCUGCGGAGGGUGAUUUUGAGGAAGGCGAGGGCGAAGAUGUCUAAAUACAAGGAGCAACACAGACACGUUUCCGCGGAGCCAUUCGAGCAUCCUGCAGUAAAACGAGAGCUGAAAUUUCUUGUUGGGCACUUUCUCAUAUGUCCUACCGACACGGCGCCGAACACCCCGGCGUUCGUUUGUAAGAACUUUAUCCGAAAGCUCGCCUUCCAGAGGCUAUCCGGACUGGAGUUUGCGAGCAUCGCCGCCCCCCCAAACGCGGUGGUUGCGCGGAUACAGGGCGAGCUCUCGGCCUUCUUAGCACUACCAAUGGCACCUCUGGCGCUCCCGUACCUGAUGACGGUUUUCAAGGCACACAAGGGCGCAUUCCGGUGGAUCACGAACACAGUCGACACGGUCAUCUCACCGGCGGCGGACCUCUAUGCAUGCCUCCUGCGAUUCCUUCUUCCCCUCGUACAGACAUUCUGUCAGGAGAGAAGCCUGGAGAUGCAGGAACAGUAUGGGGUGAAGCCAAACCUGUGGUGGUCCAUUGCCUCGGUGGGGGAAUUCUGUGCAAACCUACCGGAAAGAAUCUUCUAGGUUUUCACAGCGGACAUCACCAAGUGCUUCGAAACAAUCCCCACGGACAACUUGGAGGACGGCCUACCUGCGGCGGUGAGAUUCUACGUGCAGAGUGCGA